AUGCAGUCAUUUAAUGAGUGGACCGAUAAGAAAAUAAAAGAUGAUAACUUGUAUUUUUUUAAGUAUAAUAAAUUCACUAAUGUGGAAAUAGUUGAGAAAGGAACAUUUGCAACGAUAAGUAAAGCUGAUUGGAAAAAUGGUAUUAGCGUAGCGUUAAAAAUUCUUGGAAAUAAUCCUUCAAUAAAUGAAAAUGACAUGAAUAAAUUUAUUAAAGAGUUCAAAAAUUUAAGAAGAGCUAGUUUUCAUUCAAACAUAAAUCGGCUUUAUGGAAUUACUAAAGAACCAUCAACAAAUACUUAUAUGAUGGUAUUACAAUACGUUAAUCAGGGAAACUUAAGAGAUUAUUUAAAAAAAAAUUUUGAUUCACUUCAAUGGAGUGAUAAAAUCAAGAUGGCUCUGGAUAUUACACGUGGAUUGAAAUGUCUACACUCCAGAAAAAUUAUUCACAGAAAUUUGCAUGCAAAAAACAUACUAGUCCACAGUAAUAAGCUAAUGAUCGCAGACUUAGCGUUAUUUAAACAAUUAGCUGGAGUUGAAUCAAAUUCAGGAAUACAUGAAAUGCUAGGAUACGUUGAACCACAAUGCCAUAAGGUUGUCGAUUAUGUUAGAGAUAAAAAGUCAGAUAUUUAUAGUUUGGGUGUUCUUUUAUGGGAAAUAUCAAGUGGAUAUCCUCCCUAUUCAAAAAUUCCAAUCCAUAAUUUAGUUUAUAAAAUUAAUACCGGCUUUAGAGAACAGCCAAUAACUGAUACGCCUUCAGCUUACGUGGAACUUUAUGAGAAAUGUUGGGACGAUAAUCCAAGUUUAAGACCAACUAUUGAAGAAGUUUUUGAUACGUUACAAAAAAUUUCUCAACAAAUAAAUGCCAAUAAUGAAAACGGUUCUAAAAUUACUGAAGAUUUGGAUAAAUUAGAUAUUAAUAAUGAAACAAAUUCUGACUCAAUUAAUCAAAACGAUUCAAAAUUACAAAUAUCAAAAACAAAAAAUGAUAAUAUUGGUGAGUUGAACUUAUUUCCUAUUAUUAUGUUUAAUAUUUAUUAUUAUUAA